GUAGCCACUGAAAUUACCAGAAAAGGAGAUUUCAUAAAAACCAGCUCUGCCUUCCUCUCUCACCAACGUCAAUCUCCCCCAAAUCUCUUAACAUUAAAACACAAAUUCUUUUCCUUUCUCUGCGGAUCAAUUCCUCUUAGCAAGCAAGAAAGAAUUUCCCCUUCAAUUUUCUAGGGUUCCCAAUCCAAACCAAACCCAAAAACCCCCCAAUCUUCUUUCCCACCACCACCACCAAUCCUUUAUGAUUCUCCCUUCCAAUAAAAACAACAACCCAAUCACGAUUUUGAUUCCCACCCAACUUUUCACAGCAUCUUUGCUAUUACCAUUAAUCUUGACCCUAUCUAUUUCUCUAUCUCUCUUCCCCAUCUUCUCCAUUGAAGCCAAAGCCAUGAAGGUCCAUCCCAUCCCCAAGAGACGCAACAUCUCCAUCCAAUACCAUUCGAGAAACCCACUUUCCGAAGCUCAGGCCCUUCUUGGUCUCACUCACAACCACAAGAAGCUCCGCCGUCUCCCCCACGUCUUCAGCCGCGUCCUCGAGCUCCCCUUCCGCUCCGACGCCGACGUCAUCAUCGAGGAGAAUCCUGACUGCUUCCGCUUCGUCGCCGAAACGGAGAGUGUCUUCGGUGACGAUGUGAGGGCCCACACGGUGGAGAUUCACCCCGGUGUGACGAAGAUUGUGGUCAGGGAGAGUGGGGAUGCGGCGGAGCUGACGUUGGAUGAGCUGGAGCUUGAUAUGUGGAGGUUCCGGCUGCCGGAGUCGACUCGGCCGGAGCUGGCGAGAGCGGUUUUUGUGGAUGGGGAGCUGAUUGUGACGGUGCCGAAGAUCGAAGGGGUGGAGAAUGAAGGGGGAGAGGGUUUCAGAGGAGGUAUGGGAAAUCGGCUUGUGCUUGUACAGUGAUAAUAAGUUUAAUUUAUGCUGUUUUUUUUUAUUUUAAAAUUUCGGCUUAUAAGUGUUAGUUGUUCUGAUGGAGCUGGAUCUAGUACUCGAUUUAGAUUUCGAGGGCUCUUUGGAACUAGUUGUUGUAUGCUGCUUUUGUUCAAUGAAGGAAUGUUGGCUUUUAAUCA